CGUUGAUGCAACCUAGACCAUGGCCAGCCCAGCCCAACCCACCUUACCACCUUACUUACGGCUCUUUGUACAAGACCGUAUGAAUCCCCUUCCUCUUCCCACCACCCACACCGUGCGGGGUUCGAAGUCACAUCCCCGCUUUCAGCUGUCCCACGCCGUCUUCCCUGUCUCAAACCACCUCUCACUCACCCAAAUCUUCCUUCACAAACAAAAUCCAGUCACCCAAAAAAAGACAACCACAUAAAAAGAUGGCUGCACAGUUGACUCAAGAGCAAAGGGCGCAGUACAAGGAGGUGUUUGACCUCUUCGACAAGGAUGGGACAGGUGACAUCACCGCCCAGGAGCUUGGCGAGGUGAUGAGGUCCCUCGGCCUCAACCCCAGCGACACCGAGUUGAACGACAUGGUCAACGAGGUCGAUGCCGACAACAAUGGCACCAUUGACUUCAACGAGUUCCUUAACUUGAUGGCGCAAAAGGUGCAGGUCGGCGACGCCGAGGAGGAGCUCAAGAACGCUUUCAAGGUGUUUGACCGCGACGGCAGCGGCACCAUCUCGGCCGAGGAGCUGCGCCACGUGCUCACCUCCUUGGGCGAGAACAUGACUGCGGCGGAGAUUGAUGAGAUGAUUCAAAUGGCCGACAAGGAUGGUGAUGGAUCAAUUGACUACGACGAGUUUGCCUCAAUCAUGAUGAGAGAGUAACAGAAAAGAAGAAAAAGGGGGACUUGUGGGUUUCUUGGCGGUGAUAUCCAUCGUUCAGUAUUUUGUUUCUUUGGGUUUCGGUCCGGUUAUGUGGGUAGAGCGAAAUCUGCCUAGUUUCUCUUUGGACCUAUGGGUUGGUCUCAAUAUCACGAUACUCUCACGAUGUGGGAUCUUGGAAUGAUCGACAACGAAC